UCCCUUCUCUCAAUUGUUUGUCGUUCCGUUUCUUUCUGGAGAAGCUCCUCUCUACUGGUUAGGGCUUCCCGUUUCCGCCUUCCUCAGCGGCGCCUUAUAAACAUCACCAUCUCCGCGUACGCCGAGAGGUAACCUCGUUAAUCUACGCACCCCUCAUUCACUCCUCUUCUCUCUCGAACUAGAAGGUGAAACCCUAAUAAAUCAAGGAAAUUCCGACUUCUCUCCCUCCCUCAUAACAAACAUCCCUUCCUUUCCAGCUUGAUCUCUACCUCCACCGUCAUUUAUAUUAUCCGAUCGCCGUCGUUGGAGCGGUCUCUAGGGUUUGAUCUCGAUCUUUUGUUUGCAAGAAAAUAAGAAGGGAUAGAAUUGUUUUUUUUUUUUUUUCUUCCUGUUUCUGGGUGAGAAUUCCAGGGUUAGGGUUUGAUGCUGUGGCGGAUUUCGCCGGAAGGGAUAAGGGUUUCGGUUGGUUUCUUUGAUGGCCAAUCCUGGCAGCAGUGUUGGGAACAAAUUCGUCUCUGUCAAUCUAAAUAAAUCGUAUGGGCAGCCUCGAUCCUCUUCUUCGAAUACUGGCCGAAUCCGGCCUGUUAACCAUGUCAGUGUCGGUGGUGGUGGUAUGGUGGUCCUGUCACGGACGCGGAGUACCAUUUCAGGUGGCCCCAAGGGCAGCCCAAAGCUUUCCGUACCGCCCCCCUUGAAUUUGCCAUCGUUGCGGAAAGAGCAUGAACGGCUUGAUCUAUCUACAUCGGGUGGUUUGGCUGGUGGUGGGAAUGCUGGAUCUGGAGCAGGCCUUUCUUCAUCUACCAUGGGCUGGACAAAACCGGGCAUUUCUGCCACAUUGCAGGAGAAAGACGUGGGUCAGGACCAGCCAAUGUUUGGGCGCCCGGGCAGUGGGGGUCAGACGGUCAAUAGCCCUGUUGAUGGCGAAGCGAGAGUUAGCAGCAGCAUUUAUAUGCCACCUUCUGCACGGUCAGGCAUGGGCGUGCAGCAGCCGGUUGCUGCCACAGCACGCGAUGUUCUUCCCGUGGAGAAAGCUGUUGUUCUGAGAGGGGAAGAUUUCCCUUCGUUGCAUGCUACCCUGUCUUCUGCGACCAUGCAGGCCCAGAAGCAAAAGGAUGGUGUGAACCAGAAGCAGAAGCAGAGGCCAGGCGAGGAUGCAUUGAAUGAGAAAAUGGAGAGCUCUAAUCUGCGUUCACCUCUUCAUAUGCGUCCUCAGUUGGGUUCAACGCGUCUUACUGCUAACAGUAAUUCAGGUGAGAGCAGGGGCUCGGGUGGCCUGCCGGGUGGCAUGGGGGAGCCAUCAAGGAAGCAGGAUGGGUACUUGCCAGGUCCACUUCCACUUGUAAGGUUAUCUCACACGUCUGAUUGGGCCGAUGACGAGCGUGAUACAGGUCAUGGGAUACCAGAUCGGAACAGAGAUCAUGGAUUCUUGAGGGCUGAAUCUGGUCAUGAAAGAGAUUUUGAUAUUCCCAGGAGUGCGUUGCCACGGUCAUUGGUUCAAAAUCUUUCUGAAGGGCAGGGUCCACGUGAUGCUGAAGCUAGCAAGAUUUCGUCGAGGGAAGUCUUGAAAGGGGAAUCUUUUGGCAGAGAUGUGAGGACCCCAAGCAGGGAAGGCCGAGAUGGGAGCUCGUGGAGAGUUUCAUCGCUUCCCAAAGAUGGGUUUGGUGCCCGAGAAAUCGGAAUUGACAGAAAUGGUGUCACUGCGAGACCUUUCAGUCUCAGCAAAGAUGCAGGUAAAGACAACAAGUUUGGUGACAAUGCUCGCGAUGGUUUCAGCAGCAUGGCGAAUGGAAAUCAGGAUGCUAGGUAUAUGCGGAGAGAUUUGGGUUAUGGGCCAUCUGGGCAGAACGGGAACCAUUCAGCAGAAUCAUUUAAUGGCAGAGGCACAGAACAGAACACACGUGGGCGGUACGGUGACGCCUCCAACAGAUACAGAGGUGAUGUGUUUCAGAACAGUUUGAAGCCCAAAUCCUCAUUUUCUUUGGGGAGUAAAGGGCUUCCCAUGAAUGAUCCAAUACUUAAUUUUGGCAGAGAAAAACACUUAUUCUCAGGUGCUGGCAAACCGUAUGUGGAAGACACUUUCUUGAAAGAUUUUGAUGGAAGGGAUCCUUUUUCUGGGGGUUUUGUUGGGGAUGUAAAAGUAUUUAAAAGGAAGAAAGAUGUGCUAAAACAGGCUGAUUUCCAUGAUCCAGUUAGGGAAUCUUUUGAGGCAGAACUUGAGAGGGUUCAAAAGAUGCAAGAGCAGGAGCGGCGGCAGAUUGCUGAAGAGCAAGCUAGAGCAAUGGAGCUUGCUCGGAAAGAGGAAGAGGAGAGACAGCGGCUGGCCCGGGAAGAGGAGGAACGCCGGAGAAGACUCGAGGAAGAGGCGAGAGAGGCAGCUUGGAGGGCAGAACAGGAGAGGCUGGAAGCAGUGAAAAGAGCUGAGGAGCAGAAGAUGGCAAGAGAAGAGGAGAAAAGGAGGAUUCACUUGGAGGAAGAGAGGAGGAAAGAGGCUGCUAGGAAAAAGCUUUUGGAGUUGGAGGCAAGGAUUGCAAAGAGGCAGUCUGAAGCUACUAAUACUAAGGAUGAUAAGUUUACCACGUUCAUGGGGGACGAAAGAAUGCCAGGGUUAGUUAAAGAAAGAGAAGUUCCAAGGUUGGCAGAUGUUGGAGAUUGGGAAGAUGGUGAACGAAUGGUAGAGCGGAUCACUAGUUCUGCAUCCUCUGAUUCCUCCAGUAUGAACAGACACUUUGAGACAGGUUCAAGGCCUCAUUCUUCUAGGGAUGGAAAUCCUGCCUUCUCAGACAGAGGUAAGCACUCAAAUUCCUGGAAAAGGGAUGUGUUUGAGAAUGGGAACAACUCCUCAUUCCUUUUACAAGAUCAGGAUAAUGGUUAUCACAGUCCAAGGCGAGAUGCUGUUGGUGUGGGGAGAGUUUUUCCAAGGAAAGAUUUCUAUGGUGGCCCUGGAGUCAUGUCUUCCAGGACAUCCACAAAAGUUGGGAUGCCAGAACCUCAUAUGCCAGAUGAUUUCCCUCAUCUGAGAGGGCGCAGGUGGAACCUCGCUGUGGAUGGGGAUCAUUAUGGUAGGAACUCAGACAUUGAUUCUGAGUUUCCAGAUAAUUCAAUGGACAAAUUUACUGAUAUUGGAUGGGGCCAAGGUCGCUCUCGUAGCAGUUCUCAUGCUCCAUAUGCAGAAAGGUUAUUUCAGAACUCCGAGGUUGAUGGCUUUUCCUCUUUUGGGAGGAUGAGGCAUUCCAUGAGACAGCCUCGUGUUCUCCCUCCUCCAUCACUACCUUCCAUGCACAGAGGUUCCUUCAGAGCCGACACUGAACAUCCAGGUUCUUCAGGUUUUAUGGCUAAUGAAUUGAGGUACCAGCAGGCCGGUUAUGGGAGUGCGUAUCAUGAGAAUCUUGGACAACCUGGAAUGAGGGCUUCAGCGCAAGAGGAUGCCAGCCCUCAGGAGCAGAAAGAAGAGAAGAAUGUGUCUGGGUGUGACUCACAGUCUUCACUUUCUGUUUCAAGUCCGCCAAAUUCGCCCACCCAUCUUUCGCAUGAUGACUUGGAUGAUUGUGGAGAUUCCCCACAUGUGGCCGCUGUUGAUGAUGGUGAACAGAUUGCUUUAUCUGACAAUGAACAUGUCAUCUCAGCAUCAGAGGCUGGGAACACAAAUAUUGUGAUAGCCCCAAGGGUGGCAUCUCCUGUCGAAGAUGAAGAGUGGGCUGCUGGAGACAAUGAAGAACUGCAGGAGCAAGAAGAAUAUGAUGAAGUGGAAGAUGGCUACCGGGAAGAAGAUGAAGUGCACGAUGAUGAGAAUCUUGACCUAACCCAGGAGUUUGAAGAUUUGCAUUCAGAGGAGCAAGACACAAGCGGGAAGGUAAGUCAGCUGGUUUUAGGGUUUGAUGAGGGUGUUGAGGUGGGAAUGCCAAGCGGGGAUGAACUUGAAAGAACUCCCAGGAAGAGUGAAAAUGCCGUUGGAAGACAACCUCUUUCUGCUGUCACCUCACAUGAACUGGAGUCUUUUGAUGGACAUGGUCUUCCAUCUGAGAACAACUUUCCUGAGUUGAGCUUGGAGAGCGCUUCCAAAAUGAUUCAAGAAACUGAAAAGUCACUGCAAGACUUGGUAAUCCAGCCAGUGAAUGCAUCCGCGAGCUCAGCGGCAUGUACCAAUUACCUGCCAGACACUGUGGAAGCAACUAAUAAUUCUGGUUUGCUGGGUCAGCAGCCUGUCACAUCUUCUGUGAACAUGUCACUACCUUCUCAACAAAUCCAGCCGAUCCUGUCCACGGUUUCUUCUGUUUCAAGUCAGUCUGAGGUGUCCCCCGUUAAGUUGCAGUUUGGUCUGUUUUCUGGUCCUUCCCUGAUUCCAUCGCCUGUUCCAGCCAUACAGAUAGGUUCCAUUCAGAUGCCUCUCCAUCUCCAUCCUCAAGUUGGCCCCUCUCUCAGUCAAAUACAUCCUUCACAGUCUCCUGUCUUCCAGUUUGGCCAGCUGAGGUACACGUCCCCUAUUUCCCAGGGAAUAUUGCCAUUGGCUCCUCAGACAGUGCCUUUUGUGCAGCCCACUGUUUCAACCCAUUACUCUAUGAACCAAAAUCCCGCAGGAUCGCUGCAGAAUCAAGCAACCCAAGAUUCCUCCAUUCAGAGUCCCGGUUUGAAAGAUAAUAUGCCAUCUGUUCUGAUGGAUAACCAGCCCGGGUUUGCGCCAAAUCUCAUGAACUCAUCUCAGGAAAACUUAGGCAAGGAGGUGAAUGGCUUGCUAGUAACAGGUAAUGCCAACAAUGAUGUUCUGCCAUCUCAGAAUAGAGAAAGCUCCCUGUGCAGUGAAAAUAAGCCUAGGUCUGAAUCCAUUUCCCAGGUUGAAAAUCAAGGACACCGUGAUAAGACUGUGAAAAGGAAUUAUAGAUCCUUUGCUAAUAAUGGAGAUACGCAAGGUCUGAUGCAUACUGAAGCCACUUCAUCCCAUCCCUUUUCAAAAGAGAGAAACUUUGCUGGGUCAAAGGCUCCGGGCCCAAUACCUGGUAGUAGAGGGAGGAGAUUAGUUUAUACUGUCAGGAACAAUGGCUCAAGGUUAUCGUUUCCUGCCUCUGAAGCUUCACGAGUUGAUUCUAGUGGCUUCCAGAGAAAGGCUCGACGAAACAUCCGGAGAACAGAGUUUAGAGUGCGGGAAAAUGUUGAUGGGAGGCAAUUGGAAGGUGUGGCCUCAUCUAACCACCCAGGGCAGGAUGAGAAGUCAAAUAUCAGCGGAAGGGUUUCUGGUUCGUCAAGAAGUGGAGGUAAAAAGGAUGCUGGAUUGAAUAAAUCAACCAAACCAGCGGUUGACUCAGAGUGCUUUCUAACCUCAGGUUCUUCUAGUUCACGGGUUGCUGAUUCUGAAAAUAAGACGGACAAAGCAUUGGGAAAUACUGCAGCCAAUACUUCUCGCUCUGGAGAUGGCAUCCUCAAAACUAAUGGCAAUUCUGAGGAGGACGUUGAUGCUCCUCUGCAAAGUGGCGUUGUGCGUGUUUUCAAGCAGCCAGGCAUAGAAGCUGCUAGCGAUGAAGAUGACUUCAUUGAGGUCAGGUCUAAGAGACAGAUGUUAAAUGAUCGACGUGAACAGAGGGAAAAGGAAAUUAAGGCCAAGUCAAGAGUCAUAAAGCAGGCACCUCGGAAACCUCGUUCAAUUUCACAGAGUAUUGUGGUUUCAUCCAACUCAAAUCGGGUAGCAACAUCAUUAAGUGGAGAAAUGACGAACAGUGCUCGUCCUGAGUGUGUAGUUACUGAUGGGAAGGGCCCAAACAAUGCUGAAGUAUCAUCUGGAUUCUCUACCAGUAUUGCAUCUCCGCCUCUACCCCCAAUUGGCACACCUGCUGUGACCGCGGAUGCCCAACCUGAUACAAGAUCUCUCAGUAUGAAGUCGCAUCCAACAAACUCUGUCCCAGCAAACCUUGUGCCAGGCUUAUCAUUUGAGAGCAAAAAUGUGGAUAAUGUCCCCACAUUGGGUCCUUGGGCCAAUGCACGCAUUAAUCAGCAGGUGAUGGUCUUAGCCCAGACUAAACUUGAUGAGGCUAUGAAGCCUGGACGAUUUGAUACACAUGUUGCUUCCAUCGGUGAUCACACUGUUGUUGCUAUGGAGCCUGGCAAGCAAUCAACAUCAGUCUUGACACAGGAUAUAUCAUUUACUUCAUCUGCAAGCCCACUCAAUUCCCUUCUCGCUGGGGAGAAAAUUCAAUUUGGUGCUGUUACAUCUCCAACCAUUCUGCCUCCAAGCAGUCGUGCCGUUUCAAGCGGGAUUGGUCCUCCUGGUUUAUGUAGGUCAGACAUUUCCAGUUCCACCGACCAUAAUUUAUCUGGACCUGAGGGUGACUGCACGUUAUUUUUCGAUAAAGGUAAGCACCCUGAUGGAUCUUGCAUUCACCUAGAAGAUCCUGAGGCUGAAGCUGAGGCAGCUGCAUCAGCGGUUGCUGUGGCUGCAAUUAGUAGCGAUGAGUUAGUCGGGACUGGCUUAGGUGCAUGUUCUGUCUCUGUUUCAGAGACCAAAAGCUUUGGAGGUCCAGAUGUCGUGGGAUUACCUUCAGGAGGUGUGGCAGACAACCAACAAUUAUCCUGUCAGUCGAGAGGUGAAGAGUCUCUGACUGUAGCUCUUCCUGCCGACCUUUCUGUAGAGACACCAUCUUUGUCUUUGUGGCCUACUUUACCGAGCCCUCAAAAUUCUUCUGGCCCAAUGCUCUCUCAUUUCCCUGGGGCCCCACCUUCCCAUUUUCCUUGUUAUGAGAUGAACCCGAUGUUAGGGGGUCCAAUUUUUGCCUUUGGGCCCCAUGAUGAGUCUGCCAGCACUCAAUCACAGUCGCAAAAAACUAGCACAUCAGGUACAGGGCCACUUGGGGCUUGGCAACAGUGCCAUUCUGGUGUAGACUCCUUUUAUGGCCAUCCAGCUGGAUUUACCGCCCCUUUCAUCAGUCCUCCCGGAGGAAUGCCAGGUGUUCAAGGUCCACCUCACAUGGUUGUUUACAACCAUUUUGCACCAGUUGGACAGUACGGGCAGCUCGGAUUAAGUUUCAUGGGAACCACGUACAUCCCCUCUGGGAAGCAACCUGACUGGAAGCAUACUCCUGUAUCUUCUGCAGUUGGUAUUAGUGAAGGCGACAUCAAUAAUCUUAAUAUGGUUUCUGGUCAGCGCAAUCCUUCAGGCAUGCCUGCUCCCAUCCAGCAUCUUGCUCCAGGGUCACCUCUACUGCCAAUGGCAUCUCCUUUGGCCAUGUUUGACAUGCCGUUUCAGUCAUCUGCUGAAAUACCAGUGCAAGCACGCUGGUCUCACGUUCCUGCUUCGCCCCUUCAUUCCAUACCACCAUCAAUGCCAUUGCAGAAGCAGGCAGAGGGAGGGCUUCCUUCCCAAUUCAACCAUGGAUUGCCGGUGGAAUCGUCGACUGGGAAAAGGUUCCAUGAACCUCGAUCUUCAGCCCCCGCAGACAACUGUCGGAAUUUUCAUGUGGCAGCUGACUCCUCACAGUUGCCAGAUGAACUGGGUUUAGUAGAUCCCUCGAGCACUGGCGCACCCCAUGCUCCCACAAGCAGACCUGCUUCAUACAGCGCUACAAAUGGGAACAACAAAGUGCAGAGUCUCACCAAGAGCUCAUCCAGAAGUACUGUUGGAAGUGCUAAUGAGAGUAGUCUUGGCGGCGGCGGCAGCAGCAGCAGCAGCAGCCAGAGCAUGAGCUCAUCCUUUAAAAAUCAACCCACUCAGCAGUACCUUCAUCCGAUUGGGUAUACGGACCAGAGAGGUGGGCUUUCUCACAAGAUUGGUUCGGGAGGAGAAUGGCACCAUCGUAGGAUGGGUUUCCAAGGAAGGAAUCAAACUUCGGGGACAGACAAGAACUUUGCCGUGUCCAAGAUGAAGCAAAUUUAUGUGGCUAAACCAGCAACAAGCGGGACUCCUACAACAAAUGUUUGAUUUGGAGGCAUGGCUUCAGCAGCAUAGUGAGGCUUGCUUUUGGUGGCUGCCUCUUUUAUUUAAUAGCUGUUUUGGUUAGUGAUUUGGCAUUGUGAGGCCCUUUUUUGUUUUCAAUGUUUUAGAGGGGGAGAGAUGGAGCAGACACUGGUGGUUUUUGUUUUUUUUUUUUUUUUUUUAAAAUUUUAAUUUUAAUGUUGUAUAAGUGUUUCUUCAUAUUAGGUGGCUCCUCUCUUUCUCUAUAUAUAUUUCCUUUUUGGCUCCAAAGCAAGAUAUAGGUAGGGGUUGCUGUAUGAAAUCCAGCAGAUAUUACACUAAUUUUAAUGAUAAAAUCACUAUUGUUUUUUUUUU